AUGUCAAGCAGUGGAAGUAGCAGUUCAAGAACAAGAAGUGGAAGUGCUUCAGUGACAAUUAGUACUAGAACCAGUUCACUUUCUCCAUUGGAUUUGAUCACUGAAUUGCCAGGAAACAUCGUCGACAACAUCCUGCGUCGCUUGCCUCUUCAGGAUGCAGUGAGAACAAGCAUUUUGUCCAAGAGAUGGAGAUAUAGAUGGCUCACACUCUCACAACUAUUAUUUGACUACCAGCCUCACCAGCAGUUGGACUCAUUUGCAAAAACUAAACUGGUUAUUGCAGUUUAUCAGGCUUUACUGAAUCAUCAAGGACCGCUGGUGAAGUUCAGUCUCUCGGUUCCUGACCUCGGAAACUGUCCUGAUAUCAAUCACUGGUUACAGUUCCUGUCCAAUCGCGACGUUCAGGAUUUCACUCUCAGGAUUUGGACUGGAGAGCCUUAUAAAUUACCUGACCAUUUCUACUCUUUUGCUCACUUGAAGCAUUUGAAUAUACACAACUGUGUGUUCAAGCCUCCAUCAAAACUCAAAGGGUUUGAUAGGCUUGUUAGUCUCGAGUUUCGGAACGUGAUCUUUGCAGCAGAAAGAUUUGGGAUUUUUGUCUCAAACUGUCCUGUGCUUGAGAUAUUGAAGUUGGUAGAUUGUCCUCAUUUUUAUUGCCUCAGGAUCAAUGCUCCUUGUCUGAAACAGCUAUCGUUUUACGGUACUUUCAGCACCAUCAGUCUGAAAAAUACCCCACUUCUUGCAACUGUUUCAAUUGCUUUGAAUGGAAUGACAGAGAUUGCAAAAUAUUUUAAGGAUGGCAAGUCCUCAAAUCUGAUUGAGACUGUUUCUGGUCUGCAUUCUAUUGAAACCCUUUCCGCGGAACUCGACUUUGUUAAGUUUUUGGCCAUUGGUGGCAUCAACAAGAGGCUUCCAAUGACUUUAGAUCAUCUGAAGAUUCUUAAUCUGUCGAAUGUCCAUUUCGACAAGUUCCAGGAAGUCUCUUGCACUCUUUGCCUGAUCAGUAGCUCUCCAAAUUUGCAGAAACUGACUAUCAAGGCAUCAACCGGCGCUAAUCCUACGGUGCAAACUGUCGCGGAAUACUUGAAAGUGCAGGAGUUUUCAGAUUGUUCAUUGGACAGACUUCAAGUAGUGAAGAUCCUGGAGGUCUCUGGUGUUCCUGCAGAACUGGAGCUCAUGAAGAUUUUGCUGGCUGCUUCAUCAAGUCUUGAGAAACUGGAAAUCCUGCCCCGUGAAGAAAAGAGCAUUGAGACUGAGUAUAAAAUCCUAAGAGAGCUUAUUCGAUUUCGGCGGGCUUCACCAAAGGCAGAAAUCAUGUUCUUGGACUCUGAAUCUGAAUGA